UGGUCUGCAGCACCAUGCUGGAUCCCAAGCCUCACUCUGCAAGCCGGAGGUGAAUCCAGGUGAAAACCAGCUAUCACCGUAGGUGUCAGGAUGACCAAAGCACGGCUCCUCCGUCUCUCUGUGGUGCUGGUCUCCAUCUUCAUGAUCCUCCUGAUCAUUGUGUACUGGGACAACGUGGGAACGGCUCACUUCUACCUUCAUACGUCCUUCUCCAGGCCUCAUUCCCCAGGAGCCAUCGCUGGUAUCACAGCAGAUGAAGACUGGGAAGCCUUGCCAGAUGGGGAUGAUUUUUUAGCAAAGCUGCUUAGUUCAAGCCUUAAACAGAAUAGCUCUAUCCCCCGAAAGACAGAGCAGCUACUUGUCCAGGGCUCUGGCAAGCCUGUGGUGAGCAAUUUGGAGGAGAACGUGCGGGGCUAUGACUGGUCUACGCACAAUGGCAGAAACAGCUUGGACCAAGAGAAACUGCAGAUAGAGAGGCAGAGAAUGUUGCGGGAGUUUUGUGCCAAUUCCAGCUUCACCUUCCCCACCAAGGAGCGCUCCUUUGAUGACAUCCCAAACUACGAGCUCAACCACCUGAUCGUGGAUGACCGCCACGGCAUCAUCUACUGUUAUGUCCCCAAGGUGGCCUGCACCAACUGGAAACGGGUGAUGAUUGUGCUAAGUGAGAGCCUGCUGGACCAGGGGGUCCCAUACCGGAACCCUCUGGAUAUCCCCCGGGAACAUGUCCACAACACCAGCACCCACUUGACCUUCAACAAAUUCUGGCGCCGUUAUGGGAAGUUCUCCCGGCACCUCAUGAAGAUCAAGCUGAAGAAGUACACUAAGUUCCUCUUUGUACGAGACCCUUUUGUCCGCCUCAUCUCUGCCUUUCGCAGCAAAUUUGAGCUGGAGAAUGAGGAGUUCUACCGGCGUUUUGCCAUUCCCAUGCUAAAGUUGUACUCCAACCAUACCAACCUUCCCACCUCCGUUAGUGAGGCUUUUGGGGCAGGCCUCAAAGUCUCCUUUUCUGACUUCAUCCAGUACUUACUGGAUCCCAGGACAGAGAAGAUGGCCCCCUUCAAUGAGCACUGGAGGCAGGUUUACCGUCUGUGCCAUCCAUGCCAGAUAGACUACGAUUUCAUCGGAAAGCUGGAGACGCUGGAUGAGGAUGCUGCUUAUCUAUUGCAGCUCCUCAAAGUGGACAGGCUGCUUCGCUUCCCCCCCAGCUACCGGAACAGGACUGCCAGCAGCUGGGAAGAUAACUGGUUUGCCAAAAUCCCACUGGCUUGGAGGCAGCAGCUCUACAAGCUUUACGAAGCAGAUUUUGUACUCUUUGGCUACCCCAAGCCAGAAAACUUGCUUAAAGACUAAAAGUGAUUGGAUGGUGGGUGUGGGAGGGAACAUCUGAAAUACCAAAAAUGUUUAAAGCCUCCUCAUUUUUGCUCUUAACUCCCUUCCCUGUACAGGUUGGUACAACAGAAUAUAUUUUUUCUACUGCUUCCCCUUCCAUUUUUGCAAUAAUGCCAGAGUCCAGGGUAUUCCAGCCAGCUGUGCAUAUGCAAAAAAUGCCAGGGUUUUUUGUUAUCAUUUGUUUUCUGUUUUUUAAAAUGUCCCCAUGUUUUGCAAUGGGUCGCCACCCUUGGUCACUCUGCCAGCUGUGUCCUUCAGUAGCUUUUUGUUAAUACUUUUUAAAAAUUAAUAUAUUUAAGAUAUUUAAUACAAAGUGUGUGUUGUGGCAAAGGAAGGGAAGGAAUAAAAAAAAAGUAAAAGAAAAA